AUCACUACUAAUUCAAACUAGUAGUAGUUUUUCCCUUGGUUAGGACGGUGCUAACUAUUGUACAAUUAGCACCGUAGCCAUUCCCACGAAUGCAUGUAUGAUAUUUUUUUUAUAAAAAAAAAAGUCUAGAGAGACAAGAGGUGUCGAAGAUGCUGUCUUUGAUGGCUUUCGUUGUCUAUAUAUAAAUAGCAUUUUGGACCAUUCCAUGGAAUAUUUGCUUUCCAUAGUUCAUGACACCGAAUAUUACGUUUUAAAUUUAAUUCAAUUUUUUUGCUGUGGCUAAUUGUUUUUCCGGAUUCUAAUAGUGUUAUGAAUCAGCGUGCGUUUUUCCUUAUCUAGGGUUUUGAUGCGAUGAAAAAUGUGGAGAAUCUUUUCCCACGGGGCUCUCCGAAGAAAAACGAAGGAACCUCAUAUCAUAUGAAAAAUGUGGCAGGGUAACAACAAUGAUUAAUUUUUAUUCAGUUUAGCAAUUCAAUGGGUGAGAGUGAGAUGAUUGAUAAGCCCCUAAUUAAGAAGCUUGGGAUCAGAGAAGCACAACAACGAAUUCAAUCAAGGAUGAAUUGAAUUUGAAGAAGAAGAACUCAAAAAAACAGAGUUUUUGAGUUCGAGUUGGGAUGGUGAAUUUCGUGCAACCUUCUAGUAGGGAAAGAGGCUCGAAAGUUUAGGGUAGAUGGUUGGCCACGAACAGUGGGAAUAACUGAACGAUACAAGCUUCAAAGUCGACCUAGAAUCAGAUAGGAAGAUCUCCAAAUUCACAAGACAAAGCAUUCAAUUGAUAAAAAAAUUAAAAAAUUACAACGGAAUCAAAACGACUUAAAUAGGCCGAGCUGAUCCUAACAACUCUUAAGGAAAGUUCAAAUUACAAUCUAACACGAAAAGGAAUCCAAAAACGAAUUAAAACACAAACAUCAGCUUAAUCCUAAUCCGAACAGGACUCGAAUCCCAGCCAUCUCUCUUGAAUCGAGCUCCAAAGUUCAAAGUUGGCUUCCUGAACUCGGAUUCUGCCUUAGCCAAAUUCUGGCAGUUUUUCCAGAUUUAAGUGAACAACUUUGAGAACUUGGAAAACAACCAGCAGCCUUUCAAAAUUGGCAUUAAGCAUAGACAACUUCUCCACCGAGGAAAUCAGCUAGACUCAAUAAGAGGGAUCCAGUUAUAGAGGAGGUAUAGGAGUCUGAGUCAAGAAAUUCUUCUUCCUAGUGCAGAUUUGUGGAGAAGGAUUACAAGGAACUGGACGCCUGAGUUUGCUCUUGGAUAUGCCAUUGAGCAAGAUCAUAGAGAGGAGCAGGAGGAAACUCGAGCUUGGGGAUAUAAACAGAUGCACACCAGCAAUGGAGCCAUGAUUGGAUGAGCGAGUUUGUUCAUAAGUUGAAUAAUUUCUUCUUAAAGCAAUGAUGAGGAGAUGGUGAUGAACAUUAGUAGGCAUUUCCCAUCAUUUGUGGAUUUUGUCUUUCGCUUGUUUUGUUUUCGAUUUAUUUAUACUAAUCAAGAUUAUAAACACUAGCUUGUGUCUAUUAUCUAUCUUUCCUUUUUUUUUUUAACUAUCAUUUUGAGUCUUUGUAUGCAAUCAAAAAGUAAACUAGCUAUUCACCAUAAUCCAUUCAAAAAUUAGUUUGACAAAUGUGGUAACCCGUUUCAACCUUUUUCGUAGCUCACGAUUAUUUAUUUAGUCCAUUGAGGACAACAUUCAUUUUAAAGUAUGGAGUGGAAUUUUCUGCUGCUUUCAAUUUCUAUAUACUUAGUUGUACAAUUUCAAAAAUUUUAUCCAAGUUUAGUUGUAAUGAUAUGCAUAAAAAUUUUGAAAUUUUUUUGAAGAUGUUUUCCAUCUAAUGACUUUUAGUCAUCCCCAAGCAUGUCCAUUGAUCAUCUUAUUUUGAAUCAUUGAGUCUAGGGAAUAUCACUUGAUCUAGGGAGGAUAUUUUAGUGACUAUGAAGGAUGUGAUACUCAAUGAGAUAUAAUGGUCAUUUGAUAUGUUUGAAUGCUAUGUGAUUUGUUUCAUUCUUAGAUUUCUGAUUAUGCAAAUGAGUCUCACUUUUCAAAGUUUUUUAUCCAUAGGGCGAAUUGUAUCUUCUCUAAAAUAUGAAUAACUACCUAUCAAGCCAUGAUUGUAUCUUGAAAUAUUUGUCAUGUUAUGUUAAGAAAUAAAGUAUGUUGUAAGCCCAAUAUGUGAUGCAUCGUUUUUUAUUGCACAAAUUUGGGUUUCGGAAAAGAUACUAAUGGUUGUUAAGACUUAAGCGACCUUGUUCGAAAGUAGUUCCUCUCAAGUCCAAGUAAAAGUUCCACCCAUUAAAUUGAUAACCAACUUGAAGAUGCGUUUUUAAGGGUAGGGAUAAAAACUACCAACACCCCCUUAUGGACCUUCCCCACGAAUUUAGGGAUCGUUUGGUUUUGGUGAUAGUUAAAUUGAUGCAUUGUCAACAAUGCAUGCAUAAUAAUAUACAUUUAUAUGAGAAAAUUGGUGUAUUGUAGUUAACAUCGUUUGGGUGAAAUGUCACUUUUACCCUUUGUCUUUUAUAUAAAAAAGCAACACACAUAAAAAGGUAUAGUUGGAAAAAAAAGACUCAACAAUCUCUUAAGCAAACAAUGCAUGUAUUCUUUGUGCAAAAAAUUCAAAAAAAAAACAUUGUGGACAAUGCAUGUAUUGUAGCUAUCUCAACCAAACAAUCACCAAACCCAAAUGACCCUAAAAUAUAGGAGUUGAAUGGAGUACUAUGACGAAUGCAGAGAUACAUAAAUUGCUCUUGUUCAACUAAUAAGAGUUUAAUGCUUUAGUAAAUCUCCAUACACAAGAAAAGAAGAAAAAUAUAGUGAAGAAAAUAAAUAAAAAAAUAUGAUGGUAUGAGAAGGCAAUAGUGCUUAAGAGAUACGUUGAUGAAUGGUAGAGGCAUUAAAGAGCUAUAAUAGUUUCCAAAAAGCUUCACCCUGUGAGUUAUGAGACUUUACUCCAUGCUUAGUGGUAUACGCUUGAGUUCGAUGGUGUGAUGUUAUUGCAUAUUGAUGUGGUUAGGAUUCUUUUGUACUAUUGUUGAUCUUGUAAGUUCACUUUUGAUCCACUACCUAAGAUCAAAAUUGAGUUAUGCUCCUUAGUUUUCUUGAGUUGUAUGAUUAUGAGUAGUGUUUGCUUGGGGACAAGCAAAGUUCAAGUGUGGGUAUUUAUGAUAACACUCAAUUAUAGAAUCAAUGUUUGAUUGAUUAAAUCGUCAAUGCUAUAGACCUUUAGUUUUGACUCAAGAGGCACACACUUAACUAAGUGCUAUCCUUAAUAAAAUGCUCUUAGUUAUAUAUUUGAUGGCAUAAAGCAAAAGCACACGUUAGUUGGCUAUUGUUUCUCUCAUAUGUGGUAAAAGCUCGAUUUGAAAUGCUUAAGCAGAAGGGAUAGAGUGAUUAAAUAGAUGAAUCAUUGAGAUGCAUGAUAUGAUUAAGAAGGUCGUGUGAAAUAUGACUCUAGACAUUUCUAGGAUUUAUAACUUGGUUGCAUUUGAUAUGCAUUGAUAAGACUACUAAAUGAAAUGCACAUCAAUGCAUAGCUUAAACUAAUUUUCUGGGUGAUCAUAUCUUAGUGUGGUGUUAAAUAUUUUUGGUUUACCAUUUGUAAGUUCUUUCAUUUGGUGAAGAAAGAAGUCUUAGGAUGAUGUUGGAGCUUCCUUGUCCUCGGACUUUCAUUCAAAAGACAAGGUGAGUUCUCUACAGGCGAAGGAUGCGAAGUACAUCAUUGAUGCUCCCAAGCCUAAGUGAAAUAGAAUCUCUCUUCACCAGAGCUCAUCAAUCUAGAACCGUGCUUCCACAUGUUGCUCUUGUUGGGCACAUGGACGAGGAAGAGGUUUUUUUCCGAACUCCCCGAUCCCCUCACCACCUUCAUACCUCUAGAUUAGCUUAUUCUCAGAGGACGUCUCAGGAGGGCUCAAUGAGGCUAAUGAGGAGUGGGUCAUCGACUAAGUUGAGGAGGAGGACACCAUGACUUCGUCGAUCGAAAGAGAAAAACCUAAAAAUAGGAGAGUAACUAUGUCCAUGACAUAUGAGUGUCAUUGAUAACAUCCAAAAUGGUGUUUUUUAACCCUCAUAUUUAGGAUCGUUUUGAGUCAUUUUGUGGUCUCAUUGGUUGAUAUGUCAUCUAAUAGAUCCUUAUUUCUUCGAAGAGAAUAUUUCAUAUUACAUUGUUAUAGAUGAUAGAAACUAUUUAAGUAUGAAAAGAGGUCACAAGUGUAGGAUUAUGUGCAAAAAUGAGAGAUCACGACCAGAGCAAGGAGAUCGCGGUCGGGAAGAGAGGGUGUAAAGUUGAGCACGUAGAUCGCGACCUCCACUUCUAAGAUCGCAACUGCGAAGAAUGGAGUUUUGGGUGUGAACUUGAAGAAGCAGCCAAUAAGGGAGGACCAGAGAAUUUUGACAGCGACUCGCGACUCUCGUUGUCCAUGCUUGCGAUAAAGAUCGCGGUCGUGACUCACGGAUUGCGACAGUGAAGUCAAGCCGCGAAUUUCCCAUCCAGCAAGGCGUAACAAGGCAACAUCUGGUUGGAGAGAAAUAAUAGGAUUUUCAGGGAUGUGGAUUCCUCCCCAAAAGAGAUUGGACAGAAGAUUGUUCUUAUAGUUGGACGAUGGUUACGAGCUUUUAGUCGCAUCUCAGAUAAACGCUUCCACCAGUGGAUGGUGAUCGGGACGAAGCACCUCAUUUGACCCUCACGUUCUUUCUUCUUUUUUAUUCUCGAGUUGGUUGUUUUUCUAUUACUUAUUAUUUUUAUUUUUAUUUUUUUCCUUCACUGCUUGCUUGCUCUACUACUGGUUGAGCUGCUGACUUUUUAUUUUUUACCUUUGUACUUUCAUGAAUUGGUUAGUUUCUUAUAAUAUUCUCAUCAUUCAUAAAAAAAAACAAGGCAACAUCUGAAUUCCGAUCUCCCCCAACUCAAGUCUUCUUCUAAUUCUUCUUGUGUAUCUUCUCCCCUUCUCCCCCCCCCCCCCCCCCCCCCAUGGGGUAGUAACCUAAGGUACUGGGGUUCAAUCCCCAAACCCACGAUUUAGGUUUUAAAAUGUAGAAUGUACUUUUGUUAGGGUUUGUGUAUGAAACUUGCUUAUCUAGUGAUAUUAUGCUUUUAUCUAUGCUAAUUGUGUUUGGGUUUUCAUUCCUUGUUGCCUACUUAGGGUUUGCAUGAGAUGGUAUGGAUUUGGCAUGUUUGACAUGAUUGGGUAGAUGAAUUAUUUAGGGAAUUGAUUGGUGAAUGAGGUGACCAUCCUCUGGCAUCGGGUGGCCCUUCUAGGUGAUGCUAGAGUGAUGCGUGUGUAACCAUCGACAUGUCGAGCUAGUGUGCUGAUGGGUUAAACCCAUUGGAAGGGUCUAAGUCGUAUCUCUAGCAUAGUGAACUUGAUCGAGGUGAUAUUGGGUUACCAGAUCAUGCUAGGAGGGGGGCUAGAUGCAUGACCAUUGAGCUAGUCGCCAUAUAAGUGAGUCUCGCACCUUGUUCGGCAAACUGACAUUUAUAACCUUUUGCACGAUAGACCUAUAUUCUAGGGUGAGGGUGAUGCCCCAAGUACCUCCUUUUAUCUAUGCUUUCUUGUUCCAGUAUUUAUCAUUUGUUCCUCCAAAAACAAUCCUAAACCGAACGACUAGAUAACAACAAAGUGAGAAAUAGCAUAGCGUAUCGAAACCCGUAAAAAUACGACCUUAGUCGACCACUACAUUAACAAAUCGAACAAUGGAUUUAAUAACCCGCAUGGAACACACUUUUACCAUCAUUUAGUCAAAAUGUUAAAUCUAACCGUCAACCAAAAAUUAGAGAUACAAAUGAGUAAAUUACUCUAACUACUCAUAAUCUAUUAAAUUGUAGUCAUUUUACAAAAGUUCAUAUAAAAAAAUGUAACAUUUUGC